AGGUGCAGUUAAAGAAAGACUGAGCUACCCUUAUCUCUGCCAUGCCAUAAUAAAACCAAACCAAGCGAGUUCCUCGUGGGAGUGAGAGUCAGUUGUUUCUCCUUCUCUCUCACACGAGUCAAGCAGGGCCUCCCACCGUUCGACAAAAACAAUGAAAACCCUCACCUUAAUCCUCACAUUUUCUAUCAUCUCUGUCUUCUCACAAGCAACACUAUUACUCACUGAUCCACCUCAACCCAACGAAUCUUUCAAGCCCAAUCUAACCCAGCAUCAGCAGAAUGCGGGCUGUUCUUACACGGUCACCAUAAGGACAAGCUGCAGUUCUCCCUCAUAUACCAGAGAUCGCAUCAGUCUCUCAUUUGGGGAUGCUUAUGGCUACCAGGUUUAUGUUCCAAGACUGGAUGAUCCCUCGUCAAGGACAUUUGAGCGUUGCUCUACGGAUACAUUUCAGAUAAACGGACCGUGUACUUACCAAAUAUGCUAUCUAUACCUAUACAGGAGUGGAUACGAUGGUUGGAUACCAGAGUCAGUGACAGUAUCUGGCUACAACUCCCAGCCUGUUACAUUUUACUACAACGCCUUUAUUCCUGCUGGUAUUUGGUUUGGGUUUGACUACUGUCGUGGUUAUUUACCUUCCACUGCAGCAAUGUAGUCUAGUGAACCUUCUUGAUCUUCUUAGCCCCAAGAGAAAAAUAAAAUAAAGGUACAUCUGUGUAAAUGAACCCUGUUAUAUGUGGAUUUGCAGUGAAGUGUACUUUCUUGUGGGUUGUUUUCUGUAUGUGUGUGUUUGGAUAUCAGUUGAGUUAACGUGAAAACACAUUCAUCUGAAUCCACAACUUGAGUUUCGUACACUUUUUGCUUCGAAGUGUGACGUCAGUUGCACUAGCUCCAACUGGAGGCUUUACUAUUGCUGAACAGGCCUGAAAUAAAACAAGGGCAGGUAGUUUUCUUA